CCGUGACAAAUUUCAUCGGAACUUUCAGCGGCCAGGAAAGACUGAUGUUUCCUGCUUCUCUCGCUUGUCAGUCGUACACGGACAGUGGACAAGAUAUCUCACUUUCAGUUUACGUAGUCUCGCCGGGACUUUUUGUCCUCACUUAGUACGGGGCAAAUGUUACGUUUGCUGUCGACGUAGAAGCCAAACAUCCCCCCGCUGGAACUACGAAGGCAGAUGAACGCCGCGUCAGAAAUACUGUAAGCAGUGACCCAGAAUGGACACGGACCAUUCAUUUACUUGAAGUCUCAUCCUGGUCGAAAACAUUACUUGAUGGUCCUGCGCCUCUAAAUGCAGACAGUCCCAAAGAUGGAGGAGCACGCCACUCUCCCCAACGUCAGCAUACCCUGCCACAAUGAGCAGAGGGACAAGAAAAAGCGCUACACGGUUUACAAAGUGAUCGUUUCUGUGAGGAAACAGGAGUGGUUUGUCUUCAGGCGUUAUGCCGAAUUUGACAAAAUUUACAACACAUUAAGAAAACAAUUUCCCUCUUUGAACCUGAAAAUACCAGCAAAGAGGAUAUUUGGGGAUAAUUUCGACCCAGAGUUUAUCAAGCAGAGACGAGCAGGGCUGCACGAGUUCAUCAAACGUAUCGUCUCGCAUCCUCAGCUUUGCAACCAUCCAGAUGUGAGGACCUUCCUACUAAUGGACAAAGUGCAAAACCUUUCGGAUGCAUCAGAGGAUGAAGAUGACAAAAACAACCCUAUCUCCAGAAACAUUAACCUGGGGCCUUCUGGAAAUCCACAAGCUGAGCCAUCAGACUUUGACUUUUUAAAAGUCAUAGGAAAGGGGAGUUUUGGGAAGGUUUUCCUGGCAAAACGAAAGCACGAUGAGAAGUAUUAUGCAGUCAAGGUCUUACAGAAAAAGGUCAUCCUCAACAGAAAAGAGCAAAAACACAUCAUGGCAGAGCGCAAUGUGCUGCUGAAGAAUGUGAAACACCCUUUCCUGGUUGGGCUUCAUUAUUCCUUUCAGACUGCAGACAAGCUGUACUUCGUCUUGGAUUUCAUUAAUGGAGGAGAGCUUUUCUUCCAUCUUCAAAAAGAGCGAACCUUUCCGGAGCCCAGAGCGAAAUUCUACAUUGCCGAAAUGGCGAGUGCACUGGGUUAUCUGCAUUCUCUCGACAUUGUUUACAGAGACUUGAAGCCAGAAAACAUCCUUCUAGACCAAGAAGGGCAUAUCGUUUUGACGGACUUUGGACUGUGUAAAGAAGGCAUUUCCCAGACAGACACCACCACUACAUUUUGUGGAACACCUGAGUAUUUGGCUCCCGAGGUCCUGAGGAAGCAGCCAUAUGACAACACAGUAGACUGGUGGUGUCUGGGUUCAGUGCUCUACGAAAUGCUCUUUGGCCUGCCACCAUUCUACAGCCGCGACACACACGAGAUGUAUGACAACAUCCUCCACAAGCAGCUGGUGAUGCGUCCCGGAGCGUCCAGCACGGCUUGGUCUCUGAUACAGGGUCUGCUGGAAAAAGAUGGCACACACAGACUUGGGUCCAGGGAUGACUUUAAUGAGAUCAAAGCACACGACUUCUUCUCUUCCAUCAACUGGGACGACCUUGAACAAAAGAAGACCCCUCCCCCUUUCUUACCCAAAGUGAGCUCUUACUCUGACAUCUCAAACUUCGACCCCGAGUUCACAGAAGAGAUGGUCUCCAGCUCCAUCUACUGGACGCAAGAACAUUCCAUAGUCAACGCGAGUGUAAUGGAGGCCGAUGACGCCUUCGUGGGGUUCUCUUACGCUCCACCUUCCGAUGACUCUUUCCAGUGAAAAAUUUGCGACGCGGUCUUCAAAUGCCUUAAUCACUGCAGCUUCUUUUCAAGAAAGGGAAGAAACUGAUUCCAUGUAUGAAUUUGUAUUGUCAAGCCAAAGCACGCAGCUGAGAAGAAAGCGCACUAAAAACUAUUUUGAUUGGAGUGACAAAAAGUGCCAGAAGUCUUUAUUUUUUACCUAUUUGUAUUUAUAUAUGUUUAUACACAACAGAUUAUGUUUUAAAGGAAUGAUAAUGACCAUUUGCUGUCAAUGUCAUUUGUAGAAGAGUCAAAAAACUAAGCCUAUAAUUCACUGGACUUAACAAAUAACACCAUUGAUUGGAAGGGUCUUUGUCCAUGUAAUUACUGUAAAAAAUAAACUCAUGUAUCAUAUUCAUAUAAUCUAAGCUGGAAAUAGGAAGUACUUGAAUUAUGCAUUUUUGGUUCAUAGGUCACAUUUAUAUUAAAUAAAUAAAUCUACUUUAGUUACCUUUAAGUUCGACAUAUUGAGUGCUGAGUGAAUAUUUCUUAUUUCUGGAUUGUCUUAGGUUUUUUUAUUGGUUUUGUUCAUAAUUACAAAAUUCAUAAUUACGAAAGAAAUUCAUCUCAAUGUUUUUUUGGUUCGCCUGGUAAUUUUGUAGUCCUACAUAUAAUUAAAACAAAGAAAAGAAAUGA